ACACUUUGUAUUGAAAACAUUGGUGAGAGUGUACGCUAGUAGUGAGGGAAGAUUUGUUUAGUGCAAGCUGUGUCCUCAGCAGUGUUCUGAGACUCAACACUUGCUCACACAACAUGGCUCACUCCAAGAAGAGGCAGAAGGAGUCCCAGACGGCGCACAAGGAGAAGCGAAGGCCAUUAAAACAACCGUUUAGACAACUAAGGAACAGUGAGAAGCGGAAAGAGAAAUCUCGGGAUGCUGCGAGAUGUCGUCGAGGGAAGGAGAGCGAGAUCUUCAGCGAGCUGGCCAGUGCUCUGCCCCUCCCACCACAGACUGUGGCACAGCUCGACAAGGCCUCUGUCAUGAGGCUGACUCUGGCCUUUCUCAAAACUCGAGCACUUUGUCAGGCAGGCUUGAGCAAGGUGGUCUGUAAGAAUGACAGUAAAGGCAACAGCAGCAAAUUGGACAUAGAAAUGGAUGCUCUGCUGCUCAAGGCUCUUGAUGGCUUCCUUCUCGUCCUCUCUACCGACGGUGACAUUGUCUACACCUCUGAGAACAUCAUCGCUUUCCUCGGCCUUCCCCAGGUGGAUGUGAUGGGACAGUCACUUUACGAAUAUACUCAUCCGUGCGACCACGAAGAAGUGCGGGAACUCAUGUCAGCCAAAGAGUUGCAAGAGCCUCGCUAUGCCUUCCUCAGACUUAAGUGCACUCUUACUGCCAAAGGUCGCUCCGUCAAUCUCAAGAGUGCUUCCUACAAGGUGGUGCAGGUGAGCGGAGAGAUGGUAGGUGGAGAGAAGGAGGCUUGGUUGGUGGCACUGGGUUCACCUGUGCCUCACCCGUCUAACAUAGAGUUCCCACUGGACAAACAAACCUUUGUUAGCAAGCACUCUCUCGACAUGAAGUUCACCUAUGUUGAUGAUGACCUAAUGUUUAUACUAGUGAAUUGUGAAUCUAGGUCUUCCUCCUUGCACCUAGGUCCUGUAUAUCUAGGUCCCCUACACCUAGGGCCUAUGUGCCUAGAUCCCUGCAUCUAG